AUGCAUCGGUUGAUUACAAUACGCAACAGCAUCCCCAAAUCACUGAACAAAACGCAGCUCACGAAUCGGACGCAAAUAAUCACUAAUUUCGAUGUUGUAACAUCUCCGCCAAAAAGUAAUAUACCGACUCUUAAUUUGAUAUUUUCAUCGCAAGUCUCAGGAAAACUCAGCGAUGACAACGUGCUUCAGUUCAACAUCUAUUCUAAGGGAGAGCAGUCCAAAAUAGUCGAGGCCUAUCUUUGGCUGUUCAUAAAGAAACGCCAAAGAGUACCAGUGAGAGCCAAAGGACGCAGGAUCAUCAUCCACGUGUAUGAGAUUAAUCCCGAAACUGGCAACGAAACGUUGAUGACGUCACUGAAAACCCGGAUAAAAAAGAGUCAAUAUCAAAAAAUCGUGCUGCCAGUUCAACGAUUGUCAGCCUAUACGGCAGACAAGAUAUCGUCCAUGACUUUACCUGAUAGCAAAAAAGGGACCAAAGAUGACGUGUCACCAUCGGCGAAGGCGACAGGCGUGAACGCCUUGCGAUUACGUAUUACUUGCGAGAGAUGUGGACGAAAAAUUCGACCCAUGUUGUUAUACAAAUCCCGCCGGAAAAAGCGGCCAUCAGAUCGUCUUCGCUUUCUGCGCACGCGUCGAUUAAAUAAAGACAAACCAUUUCUAAUACUUUACAGGCAACAAGCCUAG